CUUCAAUUUCACAGUGGAUUUCAACCUUCCCGUAAGAACACUUGGGGCUACUCAGGUGACAACAUGAAACAUCCAAACGCACAGGGUUGAAAAACGUAUGAACAGCACAAAUGAUUUAGCAAUCCCUUGAUUUGAUCUUAAGCUGUAAGUGAUCACCAGCAAGCUGUCCAUUCCAUUAUGGCAACCUCAAGAAGUUUGGAGAACAAUGAAGAUGAGAUCACUUUUUCAUCUGAACUUCCGGAGGAGGUCAACAGCUGGAAUAAAGACCAUGUGAGAAAAUGGCUGCUCACAAUAAAAGUAGACAAAGAAGAUGCAGAGAUUUUGUAUAAGGAGAAAAUUUGUGGCAAUAGUCUUUUCCUUUUGGAAAAGUCUGAACUCACAGAAUUAGGCCUUUCAAUGAAUGCAAAAAAGCUGAUCAUUCACAACAGGGAUCUCCUGAAACAAAAGACUCCGCAGCCUAAUAACUUGGUGACUCAGUCUUGUAGCUUGAAACCAUACCCUUUCAAAAGAUUUAAUGUUGUUCAUAGAUACCAGGAAAACAUUAUUUUUGAUGCAACUGAGAGCGGAACUUUAGACUACAUACAACCAUGCCAUGAAUUUAAAGCAUGUAACAACUUUGAGAGCAUAUCAGACAUGAUGAAGAAAUACACUUAUGAAGUCAUUAGAUUUGCAGCAGCUUGCAUGAACAGCCGCACAAAUGGCACCAUUCAUUUUGGAGUGGGAGACGCACCAAACUUUGCUCAUGGACAAAUUCUGGGUAUUAGUGUCCCAAACACAGACAUUUUUGAUAGAAACCAGUCAAAUGCAAUUGUAAAACAUUUCAAACAGGAAAGGUAUGUUAUCAUAGCAAAGAGGUGUAUUAUGCCCCCCCGAAUUGUUGAAGUUCUCAAAGCUGACAUGACAUCCACAGGAAAGCGUGUUAUUGAGGUAGACAUAGAGCCAUCCUUUAUUGUCUGUGAAGAGUAUUACUUUAAUACUUAUGAAGUAGACAAAAAUGAAGAAAAGAAGCAAACCACCAAAGGUGCAGAGUGGAACGAUGGCAAGUCUUUUUUCAUAAGAGAAGGCAGCAGCAGUAAGAAUCUUCUUGCAUCCAAUUCCUCAAAGGAGUAUGACAAAUACAUUGCUGCGAUGCCACAAUUGUCUCAGUUGAGGAAAGAUGCUGAAGAAAAGCACCUCUCUGAUGUCAAAGACAGUGUGCAAGGUUCUAAACUAUGUGAGAUGAUAACAGGAGGGUCCCAAUCUUUGGAUAGGUCACACUUUGAGCGAUACCUUGUAGUCGCUAACAAGUCCCAUCCAGUUCAGUUGGAAAACCUGAAUUUCCUUCUUUACAUGAAUCUAAUGGCUGUUUUAGAUUUUGAUCCAGAGUCUGCUGAGAAUGGCUUGAAUAAGCUGUUUGAAGACAGAAUCACUAAUGUUCAUUUACCGGCUCAAUAUAAAAUCACAGGGGCAGUUGAAGACAUUGCAGACAAGUUAAAGCUGACCAAAAAUACAAGCUGGGUCUUCUGUAAUGGAGGCAUUAAGGAAGACCAACCUGCUGAUGUUGAUAACUGGUUGACCGAGAAAGGAUCCUGUGUGCGUGAUGUUGUUUCUUUCCUGUGCCGAAAAGAUGUGCUGCCCCACAAGAAAUUCCUUGUCAUAUUCCUGCUGUUAAAUCACGUGAUUGAUGGAAAAGAUCCUUUGCUUGAGACCUUCAGUAUGUUUUUACAGGAGCUAAAUGGAACACACCAAAUCUUAUGCAUCUGUGACAAUGAAAUGUCAUACACCUACUGGAAGGAUCUCAUUAAGGGUCGAUAUGGAGUUGACAUCUCUAAAAGAUGCAUUUAUGAGCUAAAUUUUGCUGAGAUCAAUGGUUCUGUGCUCAGUCUGUGGUCAGAGAAUCGCAAAUCAAGCCGCUUUCUGCCUUGCGGUGGUGGCAGUAAGGUUGUCUUAUCAAAGAAGGCAGAGGACACCUUAGAGACGUUGAGAGUUCUCUGUGUAAACCAGUGCGAUGGAGGAGAUGAGGACAAACAACAACAUGAGGAGAGAUUUUACAAGGGAGGGAAGGUGUCUUGGUGGAACUUCUACUUCUCAGAACAGCCAGGGUCAGUGCCAUUCAUCAAACGAGACAAGUUUAACUACAUUAUUAAUACCAUUAUUCCAGACAUGCGUAAUCUGAAGAGUGCUUGUGUCUGCCUCAACAUCUUCCAUCUUCCUGGAUGUGGUGGCACUACCCUAGCCAUGCAUGUUCUCUGGACACUCAAGGAUAAAUUUCGUUGUGCAGAGCUAAAGGAUAAAUCUGACAAUUUCACUGAUGUGGCCCAACAGGUGGUGCAGCUGCUAACCUACGAGACAAAUGAGCAACCAAAACUUCCUGUCUUGCUGAUGAUCGAUGAUUUUGAAGACCUUUGUGAUGUAAAAAAACUCCAACUGCAAAUUGAGGAGGAAUGUCAGAAACAAAACAUUUUUUCAAAGUCUCCCCAAGUCAUUCUUGUCAACUGCAUGAGAGUUGAAUCCCGUGAACAGAUGGAAGGAACUGACGAUGUUGUUUUCAUUGGAAACAAUUUAUCUGAGGAGGAACAGAAACUGUUUAGAGAAAAGCUAAAGGAGUUGAAGAAGACCAACACAAACACAAAGACAUUUUAUGGGUUUAUGAUUCUGAAGACAAACUUUUCAUCUGAGUAUAUUCAGCGUGUUGUGGAAAAUACCUUGAAGGGGUUCAACUUUCAACACAAAAAUGCUCAACUUUUUUCUAUUCUGGUCCUCUUGCAUGUCUACUGCAGGAAUGCAUUGCUGUCAGUCUCUACAUGUGAAGAGUUUCUUGAUCUGCCAACAAAGGCAAACACUGAGUCCUGCAAGAUCGAAGAUGGAUUUGAGAAGUUUUCCACUCUUUUGACACGAUGCCCAGCCCGUUCAAAUGUUGACUUUGAGGGUAUGACAGUGAUUCAUGCAAAAAUAGCUGAAUGCAGUAUGGCAAAACUUGCUACUACUCAUAAAGUGACAAAGGCAGAAAUCACUAACCUCCUGCUCACAACAGACCUUUUUUACGCUUACACUCUGGGGAAACAAAAAUUAAUGCAAGAUGUUCACAGUAUGUUGAUGAAGAGGUACCUCAAGGACCAGUUUUCACCUCUUAUCCAAGAUAUAAUGAAGGAGACUCCAGGUAUGGAGGAGACUGUUUUAAACAAUGCAGCAAAGUGCUACAGAAAGGAUGCCGUAAUAUUCCAGCUCCUUGCCAGGUACCAUUACAUAAAAAAACAGGACUUUACCAUGGCCAUUACCUAUGCAAAAAAGGCAAAAGCCCUUUCAGAGAACAAUUCGUAUAUAUGUGACACAGUAGCACAGAUACAGAUGCGAGAGCUCGAGUGUGCCUUUCGCAGAGACAAAGAUGAUCCCAUAAAGCCAGACAGUCUCCGGAUGUAUCUUGAAUUAGUCAAGUCUGCAACAAAAGCUUGCAAAGAAACACAACAAACUGCAGACAAAGAGGUUUUGGCUCGAUUGAAAAGAAGAAAUGAUUAUAAAACCUAUAACACUGCUGGCUUUCUCAGUGAACUUCAAGUUGCAGUUAAAGUCAUUAAGAUCCUGAAAAAGACACCACUGUUUCAUGCAGAUGAGAGCAAUCGCCUUGGUCAAGUCCUUUCUGGUCAAAUCAAUGUUCAAACUUUGGCUCAAAAGGAACCCGCACUCAAGCCAUAUUAUGAUGUAUUGCAAGAAAAUAUGAGCUAUCUUCUUACACUAAAACACACAAUGAGGCAGCAUUUUGAUGUUCUUGGCAAUUAUUUUGUCCAUUUAGAUCCCUUUUUUGCCUCAAAAGACAAACCUAAAGAAUUAAUACAGCCUAAGGUUCAACAGUGCUUUCUACAGUAUACUGAGCUCUUUUGCAAUAUCAAUUGGAGUGGUGAUAUGGUCAGAAAUCAGCACUUGAACACUGUGCUUAAAGUUGAGCUGACACGGCAAUGUCUGGAGAGAAACAAGGGGGAAUCCUAUACUGGAAUUUUAGGAUACUUGUAUGAGAAGGACUGUCCCUCAACACUUGAAGAGAUCAUCCAACAGUAUCUUUUCCUGUCACAUUCCAAUGAAGAUGGCAGAUGUGAUAGAGAUGCUGUCAACUUCAUCUACGCCAAUGUAAUUCUCGCCAACAUCAACCCUGCAUCUCGGUACAUCAUGCCCUACAAAAACCUUUGUGCAGUACUCCAUCAAAUAAUCCAACGCACCACAUCCUUCAGUGACAUCCUGCCAUUGCACUACAUUGCUGUUUCAUUGUUAUGGCAAGAGGCUUAUCCUGAAUUGCCAAGUUUUGUGUCACAAAUGAGGGCGUCAUACUCGCAAAAGCUAAAACAUGUGUCUAGUGGAAAGAGGGCAGCUGUCCAUUUUUACCUGGGGAAUGGGACCGAAUACCGUGGCUUGAUUUCACAGAGGGGUAUUAACAGUUGCUUGAAACCAAAGCAGAUGAUCUCAACUCAAUGGGAUGAUGAAAAAACAUGGGAGCAAGUGAAAGGCACAGGCAUACUCUACAGAGCUUCUGGUGAAAUACGCAACAAUUUUAUCUUGGCAGACACAUUAGUCACAAAUGUGAAGGUUAACGUAUAUCCAAUGUUCAAAAGCCUGUUACAUAAUGAACAGGGUACAAGAGUGACAUUUUUUAUUGGAUUUUCAAUGAAUGGUCCAGUUGCACUUGACAUAGACUAUGAGUCGUAAGGUACUUUACAUGUCGUAUGUAAUGGAUCUGAUUGCUAUGACAAAAUUAAAUAACAAAGCUCUUCAUUAAUUUUACGGGUUAUAUUAUUUUGGUGUACCUCUGUUAUGAUCAUGUUAUUAUGUUAUUAUCUUGUCUUACAUCAAUGAUUUCCUCCGAGUGGUGGUGGUGUAGUGGUCUAAAGCACGUAACUGGUAAUCUGGUAAUCAGAAGGUUGCUGGUUCAAUCCCCACAGCCACCACCAUUGUGUCCUUGAGCAAGGCACUUAACUCCAGGUUGCUCCGGGGGGAUUGUCCCUGUAAUAAGUGCUCUGUAAGUCGCUUUGGAUAAAAGCGUCAAAUGCAUAAAUGUAAAUGUAAAUGUAUGAUUUAAAGCAUCCCAAGAGGUGUUCAUUUGAUUCAGAUGCUCAGAGUAGACAUGCACCUGAACUCUACUCUGUAACUGCUAGAAAGAAUAACUGUAUCACCUUUGCAAGCCUUUAAGGUCAUAAAGCACUUAUAAGAAGCAAGAAAUAUACAUUCCUAUUGUUUGUCAUAUUAGCACUUGUUUAAUUUGAUUCUGAUCAGAUGAAGUCAAAGCUCUGACAUAGAAUCAACUAAGAUUAUUCAAUAAAUUCUGCUCAUUUCUUA